AAGCCGGGUUAGGGUUUUCACGGGCCGGGUACGGGUUUAUCCGUGGGUUUCGGCUUGUUUGCCAGCUCUAUUCCCGCCUGUUACUAGGGCAUUCAGAAUCGUUCCGCAGAGAGAAAACGAAGAAGAGAGUCAGUCACGGUGAAUCAGUAAUGGACAUGGAUUUGGAUGAUUUAGAGCUCACUGAUCAACCGAAUCGAGUCGCUACAUCAUCAAGACCUACAAGGUUUGCACCUAAAUCAGCGAAACUUAAACCUAUCCCAAAAUCAGAACCAGUCAUAUUACCUGAACCAGAAAAAACCCUAAUUCUUCCGAAGAAACAAGAAGACAUAAUAAGUAUACCUCAUAAAAACGAACUAGAAGGCGUAAAACAAGAUGAAGAAUCGAAAGAAGAAGUAGAAUCAAAAGAAUUAGUAGAAUCGAUGGAAGUAGAUAAUGAUGAGGAUGAUGAAGUUGUUAGAGAAAUUGAUGUUUUCUUUAAACCCUCACCAAUCGAUGUUGAUACCCAAUUAUAUGUUCUUCAGUAUCCAUUAAGACCUAGUUGGAGGCCAUAUGAUAUGGAGAAGUGUCAAGAGGUUAGAGUGAAACCCAAAAAGGUGCAAGUUGAAAUUGAUUUAUCACUGGAUAUGGACGAAAAUUAUGAUGUUGGUGUUGAUGAGCAUUUGAGGAUAACAAAGCAGACAUUGUUAUCGCAGAAGGUGCCGCUCACCAGAGGAUGUGCUGUUGGGGUUCUUGUUGGAAAUAAGUUACACCUAAAUCCUGUAAAUGCAGUUGUACAGCUGCGGCCAUCGAUGGAGCACGUUAUUCCCGAUAAUUUGAAGAAGAAGAAGAAUAUUGUAGAAGCUACGGUAAAGUCUGAAAAGACAAAUGGAGGACCCGGGCCCUCAAGGACGAAAGGGAACUUGGUGAGGCCGUUGAAUGGACCGGAUAUUGAGGUUGAUGAGCCUUGGGUUUCUCUUGAAUAUCAUGGUGUGGAUAGCAUCUUCUCAAGCAGAUUUCGCCAGAAAAUGACAUCGGAAGAGAGCACUCCGAUUCAAUUUUCCAUGAACCCGUACGAUUAUGUGAAUUCGCUAUGUCCUCCAACACCAACCGAAGACAAUAGAAGUAAAAGUUCUCUAAGAAGGCUCUGUAUGUCUCUGCCGCUGGAGGAGAAGUUUAAAAAAUGGUUCUCUGAGGGGGAUCAAGUGAAUCGGUUUGCUUCAAUUAAGUACCUCGCUCCGUAUGACCCCGAGGAAAUUGUUCUCCAAGAGAUUCAAAAGCAUGCUAAUUUAGUGCAAGGAUUGUGGGUGUGCAGGACCAAUUUAUUGCCACUUAAAGGCGCUGAAGCUGCAUCGAGAGACUACAUUCUUUGUUUAUUUAGGAAGAGUGAUUUAAUCCCUGCGAAGAUACUUUCGGAGUAUCGUAAAGAAACAGUGAAAGAGAUCAUGACUUCACUAGCUGUUUAUAGAGAUACAUGUCGUGAUUGGAAAUUUAAGGUUCCUACAGAUGUGCAAUUUAUUAAGGAUCAUCCAGAAAUAGUGAAGGAGCAGGAGAGUCUUUGGGUGAUUCGUGAAAAGAAGAUGAUUGAGAUGCUUAAUGAGCGUUCCAUGAGAAUGAAACUAAAACCAAGCAUGGCGACAAAGCUUGCUGCAUCUGGUAAUACCAAUUCAGGAGUAAAGAAAAGUGUAAAUGAAACAUCGAGUACGGCGUCAAUGUCAGAUGAAACGCGAGAAGCGCUGCCCAAGGUCUUGGAAGAUAUAUUCCGACAGGACAAGAUUUGCAGCUUGCAACUUAUCAGGCAUAGAUUGAGGGAGCAGGCUGUUGAAAAAUCUGCCCGUCCAAAACCGCAAUCUAGGGCUUUCAGAGCUGCUGCCCUUGGUGCUGACAUUCCUCCAUCUGAGCUCGAGCCUCUUAUUAGUCAAGUUGCAACAAAUAUCCAUGGAGUCUAUGUUGCUAAGUCGUCAGAAAAUACAACACCCAAUCCUUUGAGGGAUAUUGUAAUUCAGCUUUUUUCAGCUAAGGAACCCCAUGCAAAGCUGAGGAAGGCAGAUGUAGCUGAAGCUGCCAAGUAUGUACUUAAAAGGGAGAUGACAAAUGCAGAGUAUUCCCAGGUAACUAGUGAACUCUGUGUUUCUGUCAAAGGCAACGCUUGGGUCUUGAAAAGCGGUGAUGAAGGUGCAAAAUAAUUUGCCAUGUAUUGCACGUAAGAAAUAUAACCAAGCUUGUGAAGGAACAUUCGAUUAGUUUUACUUCCUCACCACCUUCUAUUUUACUGCUGCUUGGUCAUCCUGUUGCACUUCGGGGCUGGUGUAAUUCCAAAUUUUUAGGGGCUAGCUACACAUAGAAUAUAACUGCAUUUACAUUGACUACAUGUGUGCAUAUAUAUUUUUUUUUACGUUCCUCUUCUGUUUCUACGCAUAUGGUGAAAUUGCAACAUAUUUGUUUAAAAGAACACUUCAUACA